AUCCCGUUCGGUUCGGCAAAAUCUCCUCCUCGUGGAAGAUAUUUCUCUAUCAUUUUUUUUUCCACGUUAAUAAAGACAAAUAAAGACUCGAGAGAAAGUGCUCCUUUGAAUUAUCCUUCUCGUUUUGAAAGAAUAAGCUGAUGCACGACGACGUUAACAGUGCCGACCGAUUUUCGCGUGCGAUUCCUCGGGAUUGAAAGUGGAUCGAAAGCGGAUCGACACGCACAAGGAAACGGAUCUCGGUAGAAUCGCGAGUGAACCUCUCUUCUUUUUUAUCAACAUACGUGGAUCCACGACGGUGAUGACGAGAAGAGCGCUGUGCUGUUUCCUAGUGCUGCUACUCUCAUUGACGUCUCUGUGCGACGUUAACGCGAAGUCGGAUCUUCAGACCGAAGACAGGGAUGGUCUCGAGCAAGAACUCAGAGAAUUGUGGCCCUUCGUUCAACCAACAGACGAGAAUGACCUCGCGCCUCAACGAGAGGAGGUUUUGCAGAAAAUACAAGAGAUCCUUGGUAUUCGGAGUCAGAACGAGAAUUUGGCCCAUCGGAAGGUACCGCCGCAAUUCAUGAUGGAACUCUACAACACUAUCGCCGAUUCCAGCGGAGUUACGCGAGGCCGGAAUCCGUACAACGCCAGAAUCGUGCGUAGCUUCGUUGAAAGAGACCCUUUCUUGUCGAACUUCUAUUUCUUUAACGUCUCGGGACUCGAGAUGAACGAAUCGGUGCUGGAGGCUGAGCUUCAUCUCUAUUGGAAGAAAAUACCAUUGAGGAAUGUACAUCCAUUAACGCCUAUGUCGCCUUAUUAUCGUAUAAAAGUGUAUCAAGUCCUGGACGAUCGCAGCCUUGAUAUGCCAGGUCUUCACAGAUUACUGAAUGUUUGUUAUGUCGGUGCGCACGCUUUCGGUUGGCAGAUAUUCAACGUGAAGCAAGCCGUCCUCGACUGGAUGAGUGGUGAGCCGAAUCUGGGCCUCCUGGUGACAACUCAGGAUUUAUUCCAGAACGAGGUAUCGGUGGAGUUUUCCCGUCGAAAUGAUUACCACCAUAGCAAGCAGCCGAUAUUGGUGCUCUUCGACGAUGAUAGUAGUGAUCGGUCCAAUGAAAGAUCGGUAACCGCGCCGCGAUAUUACGCGUACGGAAAACAAGACGACAACGAGGAGAACCAUAAAAAAGGUCCAGUAUACGAGAAGAACGCGGAGAACGAGAAGAUCGAUCUGGAGAACGACUAUGACGGUGUCAAACACUACAGGAGGCACAAGAGGCAACAGGAAGGCAACGGUCAGCUCGAAGAGGUUCUGCUGGUAAACAGACACGAGCCGGAAUUUUUCCAGCGGCUAAAGAAAAGACGUAAAGAAGAGGAGGAGGAAGAGGAGGAGGAGGAAAAGAAGAAACAAGGCGAAGUCUCUCCUUAUGGUAAUCCUUUAGAAGUGACGAGACGCCGUCGCGACUCGAUAUUCUCUCGGAAACGCACUUCCUGUGGCAUCGUGUCGAAAAAUUGCUCACGAACCACACGAAUCCUCACAUCGAUGGACAUCUACGAGAGAGCGAUGUUUCGCGAGAAGCUGGGACAGGUGAUGAGGAACAGAUCGACGUCGGUCACAGGACGACGUCAUCGAUCGGCGCGAUCGGCGAGCAGCCAGAGCUCAGCAUCGGAGCGAUCAGGGAAUGCGACCGAGUGCACAAGGCACGAGCUCUACGUGGACUUCCACGACAUCGGGUUGUCAUCUUCGAUAAUCGCGCCGGCUGGCUAUUCCGCGUAUCAAUGCAAGGGCGUGUGCGAGCCACCUCUCAGCCAAAACCAACGGCCGACCAAUCAUGCGACGAUACAGGCGAUCGUACACAAGAUGGCUAAGGACGUCGAAAGGCCCUGCUGCGUGCCGACCAAGUUGCUCAGCACCAGCAUUCUCUUCUACGACGACAACGAGAACGUUGUGCUCAAGAUGUACGAGGACAUGAUCGCGGACCAUUGCGGAUGUCGUUAAGAGGAGAAAAAGAGAGGGAGGAAAACCUGAUCGCUUCCGAGGUGUCGGCCAUGAUUAAAAUAAACGCUGCAGAAAACAGUGAUACGUAAAG